GGAUAUGUGCUCCCUAACGCUGCGCCUGAAGUGCUCUCGUGCCUCCUAUCUCGUUUUUCUGAGAUUGCGUUGUGUGCUUUAACGUGUUCGAGAAUGCCGGGCUCGUGGUAGAAUUAGUGAGUGUAUUUGAAUCCCCGAGUCCCCUGCAGCAAGAGAGAACUUCCAGCAAAAUCUUCUCAGCAGCUGUUACCGCCUGGGGCUGAGGAGUGGAUCAGAGCAGAGGGCGGGAUGUCGGAGCUGAGUGACGAAGCCAGCGAGUCGGAGCUGCUGAGCCGCAGCCUGUCCAUGUGGCACGGGGCCGGGAUGAUGUGCCGGGAGGAGCUGGACGUCCCUCUGGACUUGCACACGGCCUCGUCCGUCGGGCAGUAUGAAGUGGUGCAGGAGUGCAUUCAGCGUGGAGACCUGGAUUUAAACCAGAGGAACUGUGGGGGCUGGACUCCACUGAUGUAUGCCUCCUACAUCGGCCACGACAACAUCGUGCACCUGCUGCUGGAAGCCGGAGUGAACGUGAACAUCCCAACCCCAGAAGGCCAGACCCCACUCAUGCUGGCCUCCAGCUGUGGGAACGAGAGUGUUGCUUACUUCCUUCUACAGCAAGGUGCAGAGCUGGAGAUGAAGGACAUUCAUGGCUGGACUGCCUUGUUCCACUGCACCAGCGCUGGGCACCAGCAGAUGGUCAAGUUCUUACUGGAGAAUGGAGCAAACGCCAACUGCAAGGAGCCAGUGUAUGGAUACACACCUCUGAUGGAAGCAGCUGCUUCUGGCCAUGAGAUAAUUGUUCAGUACCUUCUCAAUCACGGAGUGAAGGCAGAUGUCAGAGAUAACACUGGAGCCACAGCACGGACACUGGCCAUGAAGUAUGGACAUCCAAAGAUUGUGGGACUGAUAGAUUUGCAUGCAGCCCCAGUGCCCAAGGUCUUCUGCAGGGGUCCAGGAAAAUACGAAGAGCUGAGUUCCUCAGAUGAAUCAUGUUCUGCUCCCCAGAGACAGAGACCUGCUCGUAGGAUGAAGGGUCCCAGCAUCCAUGACGGGCCCCAGGCUUUGGCAAAGAUCACAGCUGUUGGGAUGGGCUGCAAGAAGCUGUCUUGCUAUGAGCAGGUGCCCCCUCAGGGCUAUGUCACCUUCAGUGACGAUGGCAGCUGUGAAGGAGGGGACAUCCGGAACCGGGACGUCACCUCUCCCAUCAAUGAGCAGGAUGUGGAGAGCAGCAGCAGCCGGGAGGAUAAUGUUUUCUCCAACAACAACUUGGGAACCAUCAGGAGCAGCAGCAGCAGCAGCGAAUGCCUGACCAGAGCCCUGGGAGUCAGCAGUGAAGGCUCCUUGGAAAGCAAUGAGGACUCUGACCAUGCAAACAGUCCCCCAAGUCGGAAACAAGCCAAGAGCUUUAAGGUCAAGAACCGCUACAGCAACAGUGACAGCCAGUGGAGCCACUGCUCAGGGAAGGCUGGGGGCUCUGGUCAGCAUGUGGUCCUUCCUGAGCCCCCUGCCUACACAGGGCCCCAGGACCUGGCAACAUUCCUUGAGCAAAUUGGGUGCCUGAAGUAUCUGCAAGUGUUUGAGGAGCAAGACGUUGACCUGCGGAUCUUCCUGACCCUGACAGAGAGUGAUCUGAAGGAAAUUGGCAUCACGCUGUUUGGGCCCAAGAGGAAGAUGACGUCAGCCAUCGCGCGCUGGCACAGCAGUGCCCGGCCGCCCAGCGACGCGCUGGAGCUGGCCUAUGCCGACCGGCUGGAGGCUGAGAUGCAGGAACUGGCCAUUCAGCUGCACAAGAGGUGUGAGGAGGUGGAGGUGAUGAAGGGCCAGGUGUGCCAGGAGCAGAAGCUGCGUGCAGUGGCUGAGAGCUGCUUGAUGGAGCGGGAUGAGACCUGGAAUGCCAUCCAGUGCCAGCUCAGAGAGGCUCAGGCCAUCACCAAGGAUGCUGGAGUCCUGCUGGAUCAGAUCAAGAGCUGUCAGGCAGAGCUGUCCUCCCGGCUCGUUCCGGAGCGCGUGGGCAGCACCGCGCUGGACACCGGGGAGAGUCGGCGGCCCGGCGAGCGCCCAGUGCUGGAAGGGUGGCCACCUUCCCUGAAGUCCCUGAGCUUGCCUGAGCUGUCAGCUGUGCUGGAGGAAUGUGUGGAAGAGAUGGGAAAAGCUCUGCAGACUGUGACUCAAAACCUCCAAAGGCUCCAAGCCCCAGGGCAGAGCGAGCCCAGCUGGCCAGAGCCGUAACAAAGCAGGAGGGGACACUGACGUCGGGUGACUGUUCCACCCGGAAGCUGAAGGAGCGUGAGCGCCGUGCCGGCAACGCCGCUGCUCUGCGAGUGCCACCACUGCCCACGGGGCCUGGCAGGAGGGCUCGGCCACCAGAGAAAACACAGGAGGACAGGGGACAGCAGAAGAGGACACAACCAGCAGCACUCUGGGCCUGACUGCUGUCUGGGCUCCCAGGAUCCUUGUUCACACUGGAAGGUUUGGGUUAGGAGGAGAAGCUCCAAGCUCAGAUAUUUUAUCUGCCUGAAGAGUCCUGCAGCCCUUCUGUUGGUCAGGGCGGUGUGGUGUUAGAAAGCUGACAGUUACACACAGCAAUCAAUUAAUUAUCUAUUUUUAGAUCCCAGCCUCCCCACCGCCUCUGAAAUCUGCCCUUGGCUCCUCCUGCACCACGUGGAUUGGCACAGAGGAUGUGUCUGAGGCCACGAGGAAGACAGGUUGUUGUGGAGGGGUGAAGUGAGGGAAGGUUGUAAGGUUUGGCUCUUCAAGCUGCAGUGAAGCUCUGUUCCUAGUUGGAAUGUCUGCUCUGCUGCCAUCCCAGAGCUGGGCUUCAAAACCUCUUCCUUCAGCCAGCCCACCCUGGUUUUCUUCAGAUUCUUGCCCUCCUCAGGGGUUGUUUGUGAUCAGGUGCUGUAGUUUAGGAAUGGAAUUCUCCAAUUUACUGCUCCCCCUGAAACACUCCCAACCAUCCUGUGGUGGGAUGGAGAGGAGAACUGGAGGCACAAAGGGUAAAGAAC